UUGUCAAUAUUAGGACAAGUAAAAAUAAAAUAAAUGUUCAGGUUUAUAUUUAUUUAUUAUUUACAAUCCGCCCAUGCGCGUUCCCGUUUGCUGGAUCCGCGUGCACGUGUCGCCCAUCCGACCGUCUCAACCUGCUGAGACUCUCAGGGAAACUUGCCCCAAUAUCCACCUCCACACAUCUGACCUGCGCAGCAACUAGAAGAUGUGGAAGUCAGUGGUGGGACACGAUGUGAACGUGAAGGUGGCUGCAGAGGGGGACGACUGGGAGACGGACCCUGACUUUGAGAACGAUGUAUCCGAGCAGGAGCAGAGAUGGGGGGCCAAAACCAUCGAGAGCUCUGGACGCAAAGAGCACAUCAGCGUCGCUGAGCUCAGAAACAAGGUCGCCGAGGAGCACGAGAAGGUGAAGCAGAAGGACCAGACUCCCAAAGCGUCGUACGGAUACGGAGGGAAGUUCGGAGUGGAGAAGGACAGGAUGGACAAGGUGGCUGUGGGCCACGACUACGUGGCUCAGGUGGAGCAGCACUCCUCCCAGAAGGACAUGGCGAAGGGAUUCGGUGGCAAAUUCGGUGUUCAGAAAGACCGCGUUGAUAAGUCUGCUUUGGGCUUCGAGUACAAGGGAGAGGUGCAGCAGCACACCUCUCAGAAAGAUUACGCAAAGGGCUUUGGAGGAAAGUACGGAGUUGAGAAGGAGAGAGUGGACAAGGCGGCGAUGGGUUACGACUAUAAAGGCGAGACGGAGAAGCAUCAAUCCCAGAAAGACUACGCCAAGGGCUUCGGAGGGAAGUACGGCGUGGAGAAGGAGAAGGUGGACAAAGCCGCCAUGGGCUACGACUACAAAGGAGAAACGGAGAAGCACCAGUCACAGAAAGAUUACGCGAAAGGGUUCGGUGGGAAGUACGGCGUGGAGAAGGAGAAGGUGGACAAAGCAGCGCUGGGAUACGACUAUAAGGGCGAGACGGAUAAACAUCAGUCACAAAAAGAUUACUCCGCAGGCUUCGGGGGUCGUUAUGGAGUACAGACGGAUCGAAUGGAUAAGAGUGCAGCAGGCUUCUCUGACAUGGACUCCCCAACAUCUGCUUAUGAGAAGACACAACCUUUAGAGGCCUCGAGCGCAGGCGCCGGGAAACUGAAGGCUCGCUUCGAGAGCAUGGCCAAGGCUUCAGAUGAAGAAAACAGGAAGAAGGUAGAAGAAGAGCGAGCGAGGAGACAAGCCAGAGAGAGCAGAGAGCGGGAGGAGGCCAAACGCAGACAGCAGGACAGUAGAGAGGAGGAAGUCCAUCCUCCCCCUGCUCAGGAAGAACCAGAGUACGAAAUAACACCCGCAGAAAGCCACCAGAACAUGCCAGAUAUAGAGGAAGCGCCUGAGCCAGAACCAGAACCAGAGGGGGAGGAAUUAUACGAGGAGCCUCCAGAUCUGCCUCCACGCUCAGAGGAACUCCUGGAACGAGCAAACCCUCCUCUGCCGCCGCCGCCCGCAGCCGUGGAGGAAGAGGAGGAUGGCGGGGAGUAUGCCGAACUUAAUGAACCACCACUUCCUGAGCCAACAGAACCGGAUGGAGUCUGCGAGGACAAGUCGUCCGGCCAGAAGGCGGUAGCAAUUUAUGACUAUGAAGGAGAGGCGGAUGACGAGAUCUCCUUCAACCCAGACGACAUCAUCACCAACAUAGAGAUGAUCGACGAGGGCUGGUGGAAGGGCCACUGUCAUGGACGCACCGGCCUCUUCCCGGCCGCUUACGUCCAGCUCAUUUAGGCGGUUUUGCACACGCUUCCCUCUUAAAGUCCCAGGUUUCUUCAACUCCAACUACUGUAGCUUUAUAUUUAUGCAACAAAGCAUUUUUUUCUAUUAAUGCAAAACUGAGGAUCUCAGGAUGCCGAAGGUGGAAAACUUGAAUUUAACACAAUAAAGCAUAUUUUUAAAAAUGUA